UGGUCCCCAGAAAAAUCCUGAGGGAGAACCACAAGAGCCCCUAUUGGAAGAGGAACAGCAGAGAAGAAGCAGUGGAACAAAUUGGAAGAGGGGGGAUGAAUCAUCUGCUUCUCAGGGUGCUGAAUCCCAGGACACAUUGCCAUACCGUGGAACGAUCAGCUGCCCUGUGUGUGGAAAACCAUUCAUUUAUCAAUCAGUGUUUGAUAUGCACUGGAGAAAACAUACAGGGGAGAAACCAUAUAAAUGUGUGGACUGUGGAAAGAGCUUUGCCCAGUGUACAAACCUUAUUGCCCAUAGACGUAUUCACACAGGAGAGAAACCGUUUCUAUGCUUAGAGUGUGGGAAAAGCUUUGCUCAGAGUACCCACCUUACUGUCCAUCGCCGUAUCCACACAGGAGAAAAACCAUAUAAAUGUGUGGACUGCGGAAAGAGCUUUGCUCGGAGUUCACAGCUUACUAUCCAUCGACGUAUCCACACAGGGGAGAAACCAUAUGAAUGCUUGGAGUGCGGGAAGAGCUUUGCUCGGAGUGCAAACCUUACUGUCCAUCGACGCAUCCACACAGGGGAGAAACCACAUAAAUGUGUGGACUGUGGGAAGAGCUUUGCUCGGAGUACAGAGUUUACAGCCCAUAGACGUAUCCAUACAGGGGAGAAACCAUAUAAAUGUGUGGACUGUGGAAAAUGCUUUCCUCAGAGUGCACAGCUUUCUGUCCAUCGACGUUUUCAUACUGGGGAGAAACCAUAUAAAUGUGUGGACUGCGGAAAGAGCUUUGUUCGAAGUACACAUCUUACUAUUCAUCGACGUAUCCACACAGGGGAGAAACCAUAUAAAUGUGAGGACUGUGAAAAAAGCUUUGUUCGAAGUACACAUCUUACUAUUCAUAGACGUAUCCACACAGGGGAGAAACCAUAUAAAUGCGUGGACUGCGGAAAGAGCUUUACUCAAAGUACACAUCUUAUUUUACAUCAACGUAUCCAUACUGGAGAGAAGCCAUAUACAUGUGUGGAUUGCAGAAAGAGCUUUGCCCGGAGUAGUACACAUCUUAUUUUACAUCAACGUAUCCAUACCGGGGAGAAACCAUAUAAAUGUGGAGACUGUGGAAAAUGCUUUGCUCGGAAUGCACAGCUAACUAUCCAUCGACGUACUCAUACUGGGGAGAAACCAUUUAAGUGCUUGGUGUGUGGGAAGGGCUUUGCUCAGAGUGCAAACCGUAUUGCUCAUCAACGUACCCACACAGGAGAGAGACCCUAUAAAUGUGUGGAAUGCGGAAAGAGCUUUGCUCAGAGUUCACAGCUUAUUUCACAUCAACUUAUCCAUACUGGGGAGAAGCCAUAUAAAUGUGUGGAUUGUGGAAUGCUCUUUGCUCACAAUACAGAGCUUACUGUUCAUAGGCGUAUCCACACAGGAGAGAAACCCUAUAAAUGUGUGGACUGUGGAAAGAGCUUUGCUCGGAAUACACAGCUUACCAUCCAUCGACGUAUCCACACAGGGGAGAAACCAUAUCAAUGUAUGGACUGUGGAAGGAGCUUUACUCAAAGUACACAUCUUAUUUUACAUCAACGUGUCCAUACUGGGGAGAAACCAUAUAAGUGUGUGGACUGUGGAAAGAGCUUUGCUCGGAGUACACUGCUCCUUGCUCAUCAAUGUAGCCAUACCGAGGAGAAACCAUACAUAUGUGUGGACUGUGGAAAAUGCUUUGCUCAGAGUGCGCAGCUUGCUAUCCAUCAAUGUAUCCACUCAGGAGAGAAACCAAAUAACUACUAAGAUUGUGCUAAAUUAUAAAUGCUUAAUUGGUGUCGCCAUAAGUCAAUUCUGACUUGAGAGUACUCUCUUCCACCAAUUAAAUAAAUUCUGAUUUCUUAAAUAAAUAAAUGCUUCCACUAUGGCAAUACCAUAAGCUACAAGUUCUCUCUUUCCCGGUGUCAUGAAGUCCAGAUAGGGGAAUAGCUAUGCCUCUUGUCAAAGGCAUCAGAAAAAAAGCAAGCUGUAGAAAUGUCCCCUUAUUGACUAGAGGGUUUGUGCUAAAUUAGGGCCAUAUUAUACAACUUAAAAUAUGGUAUGGAUACAUUGAUGUAAAUAAGAGCCCCGUGGCACAGAGUGGUAAGCUGCAGUACUGCAGCCCAAGCUCUGCUCACGACCUGAGUUCGAUCCUGGCGGAAGCUGGGUUCAUGUAGCCGGCUCAAGGUCGACUCAGCCUUCCAUCCUUCCGAGGUCGGUAAAAUGAGUACUCAGUUUCCUGGGGGUGAAGUGUAGAUGACUGGGGAGGGUGAUGGCAAACCAUCCCGUAACAAAGUCUGCCAAGAAAACAUGAUAAGACGUCCCCCCAUGGGUCAAUAAUGACUCGGUGCUUGCACACGGGACUGCCUUUAUCUUAUACAACUUAUGAAUUGGUUUGUUUGUUUCCCAGCUAAAAUACUUGGAAGACAGUUUAUUAUAAAAUGGGAGAAAUUUGUCCUACCCUUUUAAAAUGUGUUGCGGAUUGUUAAUAGGUUGUUUUUUAGAACUAGGGCUGCUAGUUUGCUAUUUUUGCCUCUGCAUCGCCUGGGUAACACUCAGGUGCUUAUAAGUAGAAAUUACCAAUUUCCACCCUUUUUUUUAUUUAGCUGCUAGCCUAGUUUGAUUGACCUUCCUAAAUAUUGUGUGCUCUCUGUUUUAUAUUCCAAUGUAAUCCAAUAAAGAUUUUUCUUGAA